AUGUCAGCCGAACAAGUAUCAAUUGCGGUGCUCAACCAGGCCCUAUUGGGAGCCUUCGGGCAUGGCAUCCAUACUUGCAUUGUGGUAUUCGCUUUAUGGGCAAUAUUCUCGACCAAAGAACGCCGGCCCAAAGCACGAAACAUCAUGGUUUUCGUCAUUGUAUGUUUGUAUAUCUUCGCCACGCUUUAUGUGGCCUCAGAUUGGAUUUACGCUAUCGACUACUCUGUCGGGAAGGAAAGUGGAAGCCUUAGCUUUGUUCUCUACCGUUGGUCGGGGGUCGUGUUUAUUUUGAACCCUAGCAUUGCUGAUGGUAUCACGAUAUGGCGCUGUUGGAUUAUCUGGGGCCGUCGUUGGUCAGUCGUUAUAUUGCCAAUUUCACUUUUUCUGGCUCAACUAGUCUGUGGCUGCGUCGAAUUCCGAUACAUUUUAAAUUAUACAAUUAUCGGAUACUCGCCCUCGGAACUCAAUUGGACAAUGAUAUUCCUCUCCUGCUCCUUAGGAACUACACUUUGGUGCACCAUACUCAUAAUCUACCGUAUCCUGACAGUCACAAAGUACACGGACGAUAGCACCAGUACACGCAUCUACCGCCGAAUCGUCGAGAUUCUAGUUGAAUCCGCCUCGCUCUAUGUCAUUGGCUUGAUAGGGUUUAUGGUUUUAGUCACUCUCAACGUGAUCAUAUCUCUUUACCCACGAACUUUGUUUCUUUCCGUAGCUGCGAUCUCACCCACACUUAUCGUGGCACGUGUUGCAUCGGGGAACGCACGACCUAAUGACAGCUGGCGAGCGGGAAAUAAUAAUGCCUCUUCCUUACGGUUUCGGUCUACGGUUCGCUCAAUAAGCGUGGAUCCUGAUGACGAGUUAUCUGCCAAUAUCGACCUGGAACAUGGUGCUUCGGAGUCGACUAAUAACUGCCAGCCCGAGGGCAUUGUAAAUAGCGAAAAUGGAUCUGGCGAGCCGGAGAACAGGGUGACGGAGGGUACUUAG